UUGGGGCUGGAGCGCUUCAUCCCGGAAGUGGCUUGAAGGACGUUGAGUCCGCGUCGUUUCCCUAACUCGGCGGGGUCGUUGGGGUGCUGCUGCCGACAUGGCCGACCCCGACCCCCGCUACCCCUGCUCCUCCAUCGAGGAUGAUUUCAACUAUGGCAGCUGCGUGGCCUCGGCCAGUGUGCACAUCCGAAUGGCCUUUCUAAGAAAAGUCUACAGCAUCCUUUCUCUGCAAGUUCUCUUAACUACAGUGACAGCUGCUUUUUUUUUAUACUUUGAGUCUAUACGGACAGUUGUACAUGAAAGUCCUGCCUUAAUUUUAGUGUUUGCCCUUGGAUCUUUGAGUUUGAUUUUAGUAUUGACUGUAAACAGACAUAAGCAUCCCCUUAACCUGUACCUGCUUUUUGGAUUUACGCUAUUCGAAGCUCUGACUGUGGCCUUUGUUGUUACUUUCUAUGAUGUAUAUAUUGUUCUGCAAGCGUUUAUACUGACUACUGCUGUAUUUCUUGGUUUGACUAUGUAUACUCUGCAAUCUAAGAGAGAUUUCAGCAAAUUUGGAGCAGGACUGUUUGCUGUUUUAUGGAUUUUGUGCUUGUCAGGAAUCUUGAAGUUAUUUUUCUAUAGUCAAACAAUGGAGUUGGUCUUGGCUGCCAUGGGAGCCCUUCUUUUCUGUGGAUUCAUCAUCUAUGAUACACACUCAUUGAUGCAUAGGCUGUCACCUGAAGAGUAUGUAUUAGCUGCCAUCAGCCUCUACUUGGAUGUCAUCAACCUCUUCAUGCAUGUGUUGCGGUUUUUGGAAGCAAUUAAUAAAAAGUGAUUGAAAGCAGUAUGUGGAAACUGAUUCAUUAAUAAAGGUUGAGAUAAGAUUAACUAUUAAA